AUGGAAGAAGAAAACAAGUUGACCCUGCAUGGGUUGUGGAUUAGCCCUUACUCUAAGAGAGUGGAACUGGCCUUGAAAACGAAAGGCAUUCCCUUUGAGUUUGUGGAAGAAGAUUUGAUGAACAAGAGCCCAUUGCUCCUCAAGUACAAUCCUGUCCACAAAAAGGUUCCUGUGCUUGUCCACAAUGGAAAGCCUAUUGUUGAGUCACUCAUCAUUCUUGAGUACAUUGAUGAGACAUGGAAAACUGGUCCUAGACUUCUGCCCGAGGAUCCUUACAAAAGGGCCCGAGUGUUAGGAAAUGACGCAGAUUUCCCUAUAAACCAGAUUAGUGAGGAUGCGAAAUAA